AUGUACUAUCGCGCGUUUCUCGCACUGCUGGCGAGUCUGAGAUGCGUAAUCAUGAUAGAAGCGGAGUUCACUUUCGACGGACCCUUUUCUCAUGACGUUUUAAUGGGUGGUUUGAUUGACCUGCCCUGCUAUACAAGCACAGACGCGAAGCGACUUGUUCUCUCCGCAUUUAGUGGUUCUGGUAUACAUCACUAUUCACUUCGGUGGAUUCAUCGACGCUGGAACCGAAUUGUCGAUCCAUGGGGUGGUGAUGGACGACGUACCUAUCUCGAAAUGAAAGUCACACAGAACUUCGAUGGCAUUGCCGAAUCUAUGGGGAUCUUUAAGAUUCCAAUGGUGUCCGGAGUGGGACUGCGUGUACUCGCUGCGAACCCCUCAGACUCCGGCCAAUACGCCUGCCUCCUAAGCAAAUGCACCUUCGACCAGGGACUUGCUUUGGACAUAAAAAACGCCACUCUCCUCUCCAUCCAUUCCAUUCGGGUCACUGAGGCCAGAGCCUUUGGCAAAGCGGAGGAAGGAAAGGAGAGUGCUGAUGCGAUAGACCCAAAAGUGAUAGGAGCAGAGUCAAAGAAAGGCCUCACAAAUGACGAGGGAAAAGGAACCUUCUAUGAUGCUUGGACUUGGCAGAUAGAUUCUUCAGUGAAUCAGGGUACUGAUACGACAGUUUUCAAAAGUAGGUAA